GUAAAAAUGAUAAUGGUAACGAUGAUGAUGAUGACAGUUACAAGAGCAGAUUCAAUAAACUAUGGAGAAGCAUUACGAAAGAGCAUUUUAUUCUUCGAAGGUCAGAGAUCUGGCAAGUUGCCACCUUCCCAACGCAUGAAAUGGCGCAAAGAUUCAGCACUUUCUGAUGGCUCAGACAUUCACAUAAAUAUGGUGGGUGGAUAUUAUGAUGCCGGUGACAAUGUGAAAUUCCAUUUUCCAAUGGCAUUCACAACAACUAUGCUAGCAUGGAGUGUGGUAGAAUUUGGAGAUUUGAUGGGUUCAGAGCUGAAAAAUGCGUUGGAUGCAAUCAGGUGGGGAAGUGAUUAUUUCAUGAAAGCCACAAAAUUUCCUGAUUUGGUUGUGGCACAAGUGGGUGAUGCAAAUGCCGACCAUGCCUGUUCGGAGAGACCAGAAGACAUGGACACUCCUCGAACCUCGUACUUUCUCACUAAGGAGAAACCAGGUUCAGAACUCGCUGCUGAGAUUGCGGCUGCACUUGCAGCAUCUUCAAUCGCGUUUAGGGCAACCGAUGCUUCCUAUUCCAACAUUAUUCUUAACAGAGCUAUCCAGGUGUUUGAUUUUGCAAACAAAUAUCGUGGAUCUUACAACAACAGCGUAGGUGCUGCUGCAUGCCCCUUCUACUGUGAUUAUAACAGCUACAUGGAUGACUUGACUUGGGGAGCAGCGUGGUUGUAUAAAGCCACGAAAAAAACCAGUUAUUGGGAUUUUGUAAAAUCAAACAUUGAAAAGGUUGGCGUCGAUCCUUACCAAUUUGGAUGGGAUGCAAAAACGGCUGGCAUAAACGUGCUUGUUUCUCAGGCGAGUUUUUGUUCAUAUUCAGCCAGUGCAGACCUUUUCAUUCCUGAUGCUGAUAAACUCAUGUGUUCUUUGUUGCCCAAUUCACCUAAAUAUGUCACCUACUCUAAAGGUGGUCUUCUAUUCAAAAACGGACCAAGUAAUCUACAAAGCGUGACAGCUCUGUCGUUUCUCUUAAUUGUUUAUGCACGCUUCAUGGAUCAUGCGAAGAAAACAAUACCCUGUGGGCAAGAAACUGUGGAUUCAAAACGGUUGAUAAGUAUAGCAAAAACUCAAGCUGAUUACAUACUGGGAAAUAAUCCACUUGGAAUGUCGUACAUGGUGGGUUAUGGAAGGAAGUAUCCUCAGAAAAUUCACCAUCGUGGUUCAGUGUUGCCGUCUUUGGAUUCACACCCACAACACCUUGGGUGUAGAGAUGGAGAUUCAUACUUCAAAUCAGAAAAACCUAAUCUCAAUGUUCUAACAGGAGCAGUUGUUGGAGGACCAGCAAACGAUGAUUCCUUUCAGGAUUCUCGUUUUAAUGUAUCUCAAUCGGAACCGGCCACCUACAUCAACGCUCCUUUUGUCGGUGUUUUGGCUUACUUCAACAGACCAACUAUUCCUGCUACUGUCGUUUAA